UGACCUUCCUACGUAAAAUGCUUGCCGUUUUUCCGCCUGUUCGUCUAGAUUAACAAGUCCUCUAUUUUAUUGUUGUGUUGUAUAUUCUUCAAGUUCGAUUUAUUUUGACUAUGCUGGAACACACUGCAUCUGGUUGGGCAAGCAUAACUGAUGCGAAAUGACCGGACACUACGCAUCAUCGACGUCGGUGGAAACGGAGCGGCGACGUUCUCUGCUCGACCGCUGCUGGAGCGUCCCUUUCGGGGUAGCCCUGUCCGCAUUCCUGCUGGUCAUGGUGAGCUCCUGUUACGGGUAUUUGUCCGUGCUGUUCAGGGAGAAGUACGGCGUCAGCCAUGAGAAGGUGUCCUGGCUCGCAAGCACUUUGGUCAUCGCGCAAAGCUCUUCGGGACUCCUAGUAAGUCAGCUACAGCACAGAAUAUCCGUCUAUCACAUCAGUCUCAUGGGAAGCUGCUUGGCAUCCGCAGGCCUCGUGGCGUCAGCCUUCGCCCCUGACAUUGCCUGGAUGACGUUUACUUUAGGGAUCAUGUAUGGAACUGGCAUAGGAAGCGCUCUUCUCGGCCUGUGCCUAUACCUGCUGCUGUACUUCGACGAGUACAGAGGCACAGCCACUGCCAUUAUGUGGAUCUUAAGAGCCACGUCCGGAAUGGCUGGCAUGCCACUCCUGUGGCAUCUCACGGGAACCUACGGUAUUCAAGGCUGUCUUCUCGUGAUGGGAGGCUUGGUGUUGCAUUGCGUGCCAAUGAUCAUGCUCAUCCAGUCACCGCGACCCUGCAGACUGUUCUUCCAAAAGGCGGUCAACAAAAGUACAGUUUACGCAACAGACGACAAAAAUGUGGAAAGCCCGGGUAAAACGAUCGCAACAGCUGUCUCGUCGACGGACUACGAGUGGCCUGAAUCUGCCGUCCGCGAAGAGAAGGCACCUACGAGCAGGCUGCGUAUUGCUUUGACAAGCUUUACGUCGAUGCCCUUUUACGUGCUCGUCAUCCAGUCUGUCAUUUCCGAGUACGUGUUUGUCUCCUUCACUGUGACCAUUGUCGCGCACGCUGUAGAUAAGGGACUAGAACUUCAUCAGGGUAACCAGGUCGUCGUCUUCUCUGCUGUGGGACUCCUGAUUGGUCGGACCAUCAUGCCUUUCGCGACCGACAAGAUACGCUUCAGCCGAUGCCCCACGUCGGCCCUCUGCUACUUAGUGGCCGCGGUCUGCAUGCUCCUACUGGUGUGGAUACAGUCCUUUGGCGGCAUGAUCCUUCUGACUGUUGUGAUGGGAGUGGCACAGGGCUACAUACUAUGCAUCAAGACUGUGCUUAUAGCUGACUACGUGGGGGUGUCGGGAGUCAGUUUUUGCUGCGGCGUAGGAGGCCUGGUGACUAUUCCCGUGUGGCUUUGCGGACCUGCCGUUAUAGGAUUCUUCCGUGACACGAAAGGGUCAUACGAUCUACUGUACGUGACGUUCGCUGCUCUCUGCUUUUUUGUCGCAACGCUGCUGGCGUACUUGACCUGCAGUGACGUAGCCCAACGAAAGCGUCGAAGGAAGCAAUGCCUUGGCGACGACGGAUCGGCUGAAAUGACACCGAUGAACAAAGACCUAAUUACUUCCACACUGAAGGAAUGCAUCGACUGCUAAUGUAGAAAAUUUCUCGUGAACGAAGUGACAGCCUCGGUGUUUUCAUGAGGCGGGAAGCCAAGACGAGAAAGAGUUAUUUGGCGUUGAAAAACAAUGCGUCGUCCCACACCUUUGUUAUAUGAAAGUUAAAAGCUCAUUGACGAGGUUCCUUCUCCCAACACCGCACUGAGGCUAUGAGAGAGCAGAGGCCGCGGUUUGGUUUCGAACUUUUGUGGGUCGAAUGCUUGCGUCUGGAUGCGUAAUUAUGCACGAAAUAAACUAAGUUCACAUUGUUCGAAGUCGAAUUGAGAACUCACGUAUAUGUUUUGUUGAUAAAGGCAAUCAAGUAAUUAACCAUAAGUAUUUAAUUCAUUUAUUGCGGUUCUAAAUGACUAGGCAUCAAUUAGGAAGUUGUAUACAUCUAUGGGAAACAUCCAAAAUUGAUGUAUCGCGCGCAUAGAAUUAGCGUGUCCUUUUCGCAGCUGAAAUUGAAAGUGUUCAAGAUAUAGAAAUAUUCCACUUGAUUUUUCAUUUACUCGCACCAGAAAGCAGCGCCCUCUUGCGAUCACUGGGUACUGAAGAUAACAAAGAUCACUGCGCACGCACUACUUCCCCGACGCGCUGUUUCGGUGCUCUCUCCCAACCAACACCAACGCGACGUAUUGUCUCGGGAUAUGCGCAAGCGUAGAUUUGGUACACUAACUCUAUGGGCGCGAGGAAUUAAUAACCCUCCAACUUAGUAUUAGUGAUUUCGUUUGAGGGCACUACAUUCUGGUGCGAGUUUAGUGCGCGUGAACGCGUAUUCGCCGGUUAUUUCCCAAUUUAUAGGGCUUUCUCCUUCCGCUGGAAAAAUUAGGCACGAUAGAUGUAUAUUUCUGGGAACAUACCUGUUUGAUGUUUUUUAUGGAUGUCUGUAACUUCUCAAUGGACGUUUCUUUAAUACGGCAGAGAAUAACCCAUUACACAACUAGGUUUAUUUGACUCCUUGAAUGUAUUAAGCAAAAAUAUUACUGGCAGCUUCUCUCAUCUACUGUUAACAAUAUGUACUUUGAUUCCUUCAUGCAAAGUAAUCCAUCUUUUUUAAAGCUUGGCUCAUGUUAGUUGUGAAAUCACGUAUGUGUUUGGACACGCUUUAUACAAGGUAUGUUCAGGCCCGGUGAGAGUACUUAGGUGCUUUCAGAAUUCUGUUGAGCUCAGAAAGAGCCGGUACAGCCCAAAGAACAAAAGAAAAAGCAAAGGAUAGGUAUAGCUUUAAGGAAGCCACGAAAAAUAGCACAUUUCUCUAAGAAGGUGAGUUCUCCUUGCAGCUUGCGCAGUGCACUGUUUGCAGAGACGCUGCAUGGCCGGAACGGGAACCACAGAUAGUACUUUGCCAUUCUAGAGUUGUAGAUUACGAAGCGGCGGAGUGGUUGAGCAGAUUCGGGUGAAGGCUGCUCGGUAACUGUGCUCAGUGGUGGAGUGGUGUUUAGUAAUGCAUUAAGGGUAACAUUGUUUAUUAAGUGGUUUAAGUGUUGUGAAGCACUGGGCCUCUACGUACUACAUGUACAAGUGGUGUAACAAAGUUCUGGCAUAGCAGUGUUCAACAAUCAUAUUUUUGUGUUCUGUAAUGAACUGUGUGAAGACUUCAGUAAAGUGAGUACUUCAAAUGAAAUGAUGUGUGAUGAAUGUGUACGCUCGUGCGAACGAGGAAAAAUGGUGAAAGACAUGGCGUCCUGGUGUUGGGCAAAGCUUUGAAGAUG